AUGCUAUGCCUUGUUUGCCCACAAGCAAAGGAAGGCUUCACGGAGACGUCCUCGGGACUGCAAUACAAAGUGCUCCAAGAAGGAUCUGGCGAAAACCCGACGACAGGGCAGAUGAUUGCUGCGGAUUACACAGGUUGGCUGGAGGAUUUCGAAUCCGACAAAAAGUUUGAUUCUUCACGGGACAGGAGGCAGCCCUUGAAGUUUCAGGUUGGCAUUGGCAAGGUCAUCAAGGGCUGGGACGAGGCACUACUGGACAUGAAGGUUGGUGAGCGCCGCCAGAUCGUUGUUCCACCAUCACUCGGCUAUGGAAGCCGCAGCAUUGGCCCAAUCCCAGCGGGUUCCACGUUGUAUUUUGAUGUGGAGUUGAAGUCCAUUGGUGCGAGAUGA